AUGAGUCGCAAUAUUCUAAACAUACGGGGUGAGCCUAUCUUCGACGAUCGUAUCGUUAAGAUCGAGACUCACACUUACAACCCAUACGCUAACACCACAUUCGGAUACAGCGAUGAAAUACGAAUACCUAUACAUCAUCAGGAUCUGUACACGUUACAAUGUGAGAGUUUUCUCUACGUCGAGGGAAAAUUUUCAACGACAAAACGAGAUGGAAACACAUCCGAGGAACAACCUCCAAAAUUGUCGAAUAAUUGCGUCGCGUUCAUGUUCGACGAGAUUCGGUACGAGUUAGACGGUGUGGAAAUUGAUAGAUCUAGAAACGUUGGUAUUACCAGUACGAUAAAAAAUUUCAUAUCGUUAACCACUGGCAAGAAUAUAACGUUAGAAAAUGCAGGAUGGGACGGCACGAUGCAGUUAUUUCGCGCACCGCUUUCCGAGAAUUUCAACUUUUGCGUACCACUUAACACUCUCCUAGGAUUUUGCGAGGAUUACAAACGCAUAGUGAUAAACGCACGACACGAACUUAUCCUGAUACGUGCGCGUAACGAUAACAAUUGUGUUGUGGCGCACGAUUCGACGGAAAAUCUAAAAUCACGCUAUUAA